CCUCGCUGUUGCAAACAACGCUGAAUUCCCCAACUAAACGCAUACGCAACGCUAACGAAAGCAAACCACAUAAAGUUUAAUUCUGUAAAUUAAGAUAAUUUGCUAAAUAAAUUUUGAGCACAACAGAAUCUAUACAAAUUUUGUUAUUUACAAGCAAACAGUUUUCCUUCGGUGUUAAUAGAGAAGUGUGUAGAGUAUGUACUACCAUACAAGAGUGAUAAAGAAGUGAAAAAGCAAGCAAAAAAGCAAGCAAAAAAUUUUCAAGCCACGCUAACAUAUUGCACUACAAAUUCUGCGGAAACAAAUUCUUCUGCCAUACAACAAUAGCUUGGUGUUAAGAAGCUUUCAAUAACAACUUGCUGUCGCAACAACAGUUGGUGGAGAAACGCCGAGAUGCCUGCACUAAGUAACGGCAGAAACAUGGAUAUUGUUUUCAGUGAGGAGGAUGUGUCGGUGGCACAGGUGGGCAUUUAUGCGUCCAUAUCCUUCCUGGUGGUGACUGUUGUGGGUGCAUUGUUCUAUGUUUCGUGUUCGAAAAAAUAUCGACUCAAUUGGUUUGAGAAAAACUUACUCGAAUCGGCUGCAGAGACACAGGACACCGAACAGUGCACCGACCCGCUUGUAGCUGGCGCAGCAGGUUUUAAUGCGGACAACAUUAGCGAAUGUUCGCGAUCCCGUUCGAUUUGCAAGGGCAAUAUAAGCCCAACAUCUAUUAACACUGACGAUCCCACCUUCUGGGUACCACCGCCGCGCAAGACUGUGCAACAACAGGUUUCCACUUCGGCUGAAGAGUCCCCACCACCAACACCCACCUCACCAACGGGUAGUCUGAAAUCAAAUACUCUCUCGAUGUCUUCGACCAGUUCCGUGCCAAUAACGCGUUCGGAUAAACACGUCGUUUUGGGCAUGAAUCCCAGCAGGCCAAAGGUAGCGUCGAUGAGCGCGAAAUUGGAUCAUACAAAAAUCGACAUGUCUCUCUAUAGAAAUAACUCUCAGCAGAAGGGUUCCCCACAAGGUAGUGAUGACAUACGUGGCAAUAUACAUUUAAGUGUGGUCUAUGACACAAUAGCCGGUAUGCUCUCUGUACAUUUAAUAGAGGCACAAAAUUUGCUGCCACGCGACUUUAGCCGCACAGCGGAUCCAUAUGCUAAGGUGCGUCUGCUACCCGAAAAGAAGAAUUUCUGGCAAACGCGUAUACACAAGAAAACUUUGAAUCCCAUUUUCGAUGAGGAUUUCGUCUUUGAGGAGAAUCCAAGUGUAAUCGAUAAGCGCACAAUCGAGAUUUUGCUUUACGAUUUCGAUGCGUACUCACGUCACGUUUGUAUUGGAGGCGCACAAAUACCGUUAAACAGCGUGGAUCUGAACGAGAAAGUUGAGUUGUGGACACCAUUAGGCUCCUGUGCAGAGCAGGACAUGAAGGUGGAUUUGGGCGAUAUUAUGGUCUCGCUAUCAUUUUUGCAGUCAGCUGAACGCCUGACAGUGGUUUUGAUAAAAGCGCGAAAUUUACGCAUUAUAGAUGAUUCACGCAACUCAUCGGAUCCGUAUAUUAAAGUGGCUUUAAUUGCUGAUGGUAAGAAAAUCAAGAAGCGUAAAACUGGUGUCACACGCAACACCAUAAAUCCAGUGUAUAAUGAAGCCCUAACAUUUGAUGUUAACAAGGAGACCUUGAAGAAUUGUCUCAUUGAGUUUACGGUCGUUCACGAUGGAUUGUUGGGCUCCAGCGAAAUACUGGGACGCGCAGUCAUUGGCAACUCUGCAGAAGUGCGCCCCGAGGAACGUCAAUUCUUCGAACAAAUGUUUCGUUCUAAAAAUUCACUCGCCCAAUGGGUUCCACUGCAGGAAACCAGCAAUAUGCGAGCCAAUUUAGCCAGUGCACCAACCAAUGUGAAUUAAAUGUUAGAUAACAGAAGAAAUUGAUAGUUUAACAUGAAUUUAACAAACCGCUGUUAUUACAGAACAGAGAAUGUAAACUGAGCGAUGUUAAUGACAGGAAAUGUUGAUAAUGAGUCGGUUAAAAUUCACUGUUAUGACGCGUUGGAAUUUUUAAAUUAAUUAAAUGCAUAUGCUUUGUUUUUGUAGGUCUGCAGCUGCAGUUAAUUAGUUUCAAUUAUCCUAGUGAGCCCUUUUAAAUUGAAGAAAAGCUUAUUAAUUUUUUCAAUAUUAAGUGAUGAAAACUGCUGCGUUUGUGUUUAAUUUUAUAAAUGCAUGUUUUGUGUUCAGCUAAGGCACCUUUUAUAUACAAUGUUGGCAAAAAUAAUAGCAACACGCUGGUAUAUUUAUACAUAUAUUAGUUACAUUGUAUAUUUAAAUAACGAUUUUUUCACAAUAUUUCAGUAGACAUUUUUACGAAGGUUUUCUUUAUCUAAAUACUUGUAUACUUUAGUAUUAAAAAUACAAUUUACAGACUCUUUAUUGUACAUGUAUUUACGUAUAAAGAUAGUAUUAAUAUAUGUAUCGAUAAAAAAUGUUUUUUGUUUGUUUUUAUUUUAAACUUAAUGAAUUUUUUCAUCGUAUUAAAUAACAAAUUUCAAUUUUGUCGUAAAACAAAAAUUUGAAUUUGAACUAUUUACUAUAUAUGUGUGUAUGUAUGUACUCAUAUAUUGUAAUUAAUGUCACGGAUUGCAGGGAAAUGAAAAACUGAAUUAGCAUAGUUUCAAUUAUUACAAAAGUAUUAAUGUUAUA